AUUGGACUGUCACAGUUUGGCAGAGGGAUUUGCCUUGUCCAGUUGAAAAGUGAAGAAUCAAAAACAUUUGCUAUGAAAAUACUGAAGAAACGUCACAUUGUGGACACAAGGCAGCAGGAGCACAUCCGCUCAGAGAAGCAGAUCAUGCAGAGCGCACACUCAGACUUCAUUGUGAGGCUCUACAGGACAUUCAAGGACAGCAAGUACCUGUACAUGCUGAUGGAAGCCUGUCUAGGUGGAGAGCUUUGGACAAUUCUCAGGGACAGAGGCUCAUUUGAGGAUUCGACAACCAGGUUUUACACAGCAUGUGUGGUGGAAGCUUUUGCCUAUUUGCAUUCCAAAGGGAUCAUUUAUAGGGACCUCAAGCCAGAAAACCUCAUUCUGGAUCAUCGAGGUUAUGCCAAACUGGUCGACUUUGGCUUUGCAAAGAAAAUAGGAUUUGGAAAGAAAACAUGGACUUUUUGUGGAACCCCGGAGUAUGUAGCCCCUGAGAUCAUCCUGAACAAAGGUCAUGACAUCUCGGCAGACUACUGGUCACUGGGAAUCUUAAUGUAUGAACUCCUGACUGGCAGUCCCCCUUUCUCAGGCCCAGACCCCAUGAAGACCUAUAACAUCAUACUAAGGGGAAUAGACAUGAUUGAAUUUCCAAAGAAGAUUGCCAAAAAUGCUGCUAAUUUAAUUAAAAAGCUAUGCAGGGACAAUCCAUCAGAAAGGUUAGGGAAUUUGAAAAAUGGAGUGAAAGAUAUCCAAAAGCACAAAUGGUUUGAAGGCUUUAACUGGGAAGGGUUACGAAAAGGGACACUGACACCUCCUAUAAUACCAAGUGUUGCAUCUCCAACAGACACAAGCAAUUUUGACAGCUUCCCAGAGGACAGUGAUGAACCACCCCCUGACGACAACUCAGGAUGGGACAUAGAUUUUUAAUGUUUUUCUCUUACCUGCUUCUGCCUUGCUGAAGACAGCUUCCUGGGACACGGCUGCCAGCGAAAUUGAAAGAAUUGGGGAGGAUUAGUGCUCGGGGUCACCAUGAUGCCUUGAUUGAUGCUGCUACAGUACCUACAGUGGCAUUAGGACUUAUUGUUUAGAUGACAAUAGUGCUCUUCAUGUUUUAUGUUCAAACUUAAAAUAGCAGUUGACAUGGUGGUCCUGACGCAAAGCCUUUCACCAGUAAAGAAAUAUGUUUUCUAUCACUGCAAUGAUCUUGCUACGCUCUUAAUUAUAAAAGUCG